CAAAAAAAGAAAAGGAAAUGGUUUGAAUAUAAAUAAGGAAAUUGAAAUUACGCGUUUCCCUUCCGGAGCAUCGGAAGUGGUGAAGAUUACGCUGCCGUCACAUGAUUCUGCAAAGUGGACUUUGGCUUGUCUGGAUAUGUGGCUUCUUCUUGAUUGGUGUCUCCUUCUACGGCACCCAAAUGCUGAAAGACCAGAUCAAGAUGAAGAGUUCGAGUAUCCCCACCAUCACUAUCUUUACAGCGCCGAGGCCUUUCGUUGGAUCAUUCGGUGAAAGACAGAGUCUUGCUGUUAGAUCAUGGCUCGGAUUGUCGGAACACAUCAAUGUCGUUCUUUUCAGCCAAGACCCUUCUGUUUCCUCCUUUGCUACCUCCAUUGGUCCACGAAUCUCUGUGGAGACCAAAAUCGAUUUCACGUUUCUGGGCACCCCCUUUUUCCAUUCAAUGGUUGCUCGAUCUCUGUCAUCCUCAUCAGAUAUUUCUGUGUUGAUUGAUCCAGACACCAUUCUCAUGCCAGACCUUCUCUCCACUUUGAGAUACGCUCAUAAGCUAGACCAAGACUGGCUGCUCGUUGCUUCAUCGCGAAACGCUUCCACCUUCCCCUUUCCGUUACAGUCUGAUGAUGGUGGCGAUAGGAUACAAAAGUUGCAGGCGUUGCUCGUUCAAGAAGCUUCGUGCGGAGAAAAAAUGCUUAUAGCAUGGAACAAUGGAGAUCUGCCUCUUCACAAGGGUGUUCUUCCCCCUUUCUUGUUUGGGAAGGGAGUUCACAACCAUUGGCUUGUCACUGAAGCUUUGAUCUCUGAUUUCAGGCUCGUGAUCGAUGCAACCUUGACUGUGUCGAGUUUCUACCUAAGCGAGCUUGAUCAAGAAAAAAGCUGGGAACUUGCUGGGAAUUCCCUUCUUGGAAGGAACUAUGGAUCAUUUUCUUUCGAUGAUCCGAACUAUACUAAUUCAUUCAGAUUAUCUACAUGUGGUGGGAACUAUCUGUUUACAAACACGGAUCACAGCGCUGUGUUUUGGCAGGGAUACAACAGACCACUGAACCUGAGAAACAAGAGCCUCUUUUUAUCUACACAAAAGGAGUUGUUUGAUUGUGUUGAAGCAGUGAAGUCACACGAAGGGUGCUUCAAACGAGAGGCGUUGAGUGUGACGAAAGCAGUCACACUUCCAAUGUCCAUGGAAUCUCUACUGGCAAUGCAGGCUGAUCAGAACAAGACAAUUCUACUUGGAAUUGCUGGAUCUAGUUACAAAGACAUGCUGAUGAGCUGGGUCUGCAGGCUGCGUUACCUCCAAGUACCGAACUAUUUGGUCUGCGCCCUCGAUGAUGAAGUCUAUGAUUUCUCAGUCCUGCAGGGCGUCCCAGUUAUUAAAUGUGCAUCUCCUCCAACCAACAUCAGCUUCGAUGACUGCCAUUUCGGAUCCGAAUGCUUUCAGAAAGUAACUAAAGUGAAGUCAAGAAUGGUUCUGCAGAUUUUGGAGCUUGGGUAUAAUGUGCUUUUGAGUGAUGUGGAUGUGUAUUGGUUCAAGAAUCCAUUGGAUUAUCUCACUUCUUUCGGCCCGGGUGUUCUUGUCGCACAGUCCGAUGAAUUUAAUGUCACAGGAGCAAUGAACUUGCCUCGGCGCCUUAACUCUGGCUUCUAUUAUGCUCAUUCAGACAGAAUAACAAUUGCUGCGCUGGGAAAGGUGGUGCAGCACGCAGCCUAUUCCAAUCUAUCCGAACAACCAAGCUUCUACGAUACGUUAUGCGGGGAAGGUGGCUCCUACAGGUUAGGCGAUGACCAGUGCUUGGACCCAGAAACGAACCUACGGGUCCAUUUCUUGGAUCGAGAUCUCUUCCCAAACGGUGCAUACCGUGGUCUGUGGGAGGAGGAGGACACAAAGAAGGCCUGCGAGGAAAGGGGCUGUUUUGUUCUACACAACAACUGGAUAAACGGGAGAAAAAAGAAGCUCGAAAGGCAGUCGACCGCAAGCCCAGCCGUGCAAAAUACGUGCAAGAGAAAGCAGGAGGUGAGAGAGGAGACGCCGUCUCAUUCACAGAGUGUGAGCAGGCAAAUGAAGGAUAUCAUGGUGAGGGUAGUUCAUGCUGGUGGUCGAGUAGAAAUGUAUCAUACUCGAAUUCGUGCCUCCGAACUCAUUCAGAAAUACCCAGAUUUCUGCAUCACUACUCCUCAGGUCUUCAACCGCCCACAGGAAUCUGUCUUGACAGCAGACGACGUCUUGUUACCUGGCCGGAAAUACUUUCUCAUGAGGCGUACUUCUGUGGAGAAGUUGAAACGUAAACACUCAGCCAGAGGGAGGGCCGGUGAAAUUGAAGAAGCCGGAGAUGUUAGUUUCGAGGAAUCCAUCUCUUCUGCUCAGGACCUCUUCGUUUCCACAGAGCGUCCGCGUCGUGCAGAUUCUGCAGCGAAAAAAUCUGUGAAAGAGAAGAGACCAUUCGUUCCACCAAUCCAAAAGCCGAAGCUAUGGAAGGAAAGCGACUGGGAGCCGAGCCUCGAUUCUAUACGAGAGUUAUCUCCAUGAACACAAACCGUUUAAUCAGAUUCCUCUAUGUUUAUUGGCUUCUUGUGUUUGAUUAUGAACUUUCUUCUUGAUUGAGAAAUAAUACUUGAUUAUCAUGAGAUCUC